UCAAUGUUCCUGUCAUUUGACAUAUUCAUAGUGAAUCUGAAGUAUUUAGAUACAUGCGAUAAGUACACUUCGCCCGUGUAUUUUCUUUCGAACUUGACCUCGCUAGUCUAUCGAAGUCCUCUAAUGGUGAUUCUCUAAUAAUUCGAUUUCAUUCAUCGACUAUCUUAAAAAAACAUCAAUUAAAAAAUGGCUGUAGCUAUCAGGACAUUUUCAAAGUUUACAGCAAAUUGUGGAAAUUUAUUACGAACGCAAAUAAGGUUUAAUUAUGUAGAUACUAGGAAAAAUUUAAAAAUUGAUUCCAAUACCAAAGUUAUAUGUCAGGGUUUCACUGGUAAACAAGGGACAUUUCAUUGUCAACAAGCCAUUGAAUAUGGUACUAAAAUAGUAGGUGGUGUCAAUCCUAAAAAAGCCGGUUCAGAACAUCUUGGGAAACCAGUCUUCAAAACUGUGAAAGAGGCAAAACAAGCUACGGGUGCUUCUGCAACUGUUAUUUAUGUUCCUCCUCCUGCUGCAGCUGCAGCUAUUUUGGAGGCAAUAGAUGCUGAAAUACCACUAAUUGUAUGUAUUACAGAAGGUAUUCCACAACAUGAUAUGGUGAAAGUUAAAAGACGACUUUUGGAGCAAAACAAAUCUCGUUUAAUUGGUCCAAAUUGUCCAGGAAUAAUAGCUCCAGAGCAGUGCAAAAUAGGUAUUAUGCCGGGACAUAUACAUCAAAAAGGAAAAAUUGGUAUUGUGUCAAGAUCAGGAACAUUAACAUAUGAGGCUGUAAAUCAAACAACCCUUGCUGGUCUUGGGCAAACACUCUGUGUUGGUAUUGGUGGUGAUCCAUUUAAUGGAACAGAUUUUAUUGACUGUUUGGAUGUCUUCCUUAGGGAUCCAGAUUGUGAUGGUAUUAUAAUGAUUGGUGAAAUUGGUGGUAGUGCAGAAGAAUCAGCAGCGGAAUAUCUCAUUCAGCAUAAUACUGUUGGUUGCUCUUCUAAGUUAUUGGGAAGUAAAGCUAAACCAGUAGUAUCGUUUAUUGCUGGUAUUACUGCUCCACCCGGCCGAAGAAUGGGUCAUGCUGGGGCUAUCAUAUCAGGGGGCAAAGGAGGUGCGCAAGAUAAAAUUAAUGCGCUCGAAAAGGCUGGUGUAAUAGUUUCAAGGAGUCCGGCGCAAAUGGGAAAUGAACUGUUAAAAGAAAUGACACGUCUUGGCUUGGUCUGUAAUUAAAGCACACGUCACUAUAAAUAUACAUAUGUAGUUUGCCUCAUAUGGAUGUAUCUUCAUACAAUAAAUUGAAAGUAUAAAUAAUGCUAGGGUCAUCUAAGAAAAAAAAAAAAAUGAUAUAACGUAUUGAAAAUGUGCAAUUUGAAAAUUUAUUAAAUCAAUGACUUAAAAUAAUGUUCAUCGAUAUUGCGAGAUUGCUCUAUUACUUUAUUCCUAAAGAGAAAACUUACAAAGAAAUAUGAAUACUCUGUUGAAAAACUAAAUUUAUUUUAAUAUUGUACAGUAUUUAGAAAAUAUUUUUACUGAUAUAGCUUUUAUUUCAACAAUUAGUAAUUGUCCAAAGAUGCUAUAAAAUGUAUCUAACAAUAACUGCCAUUAUUCUUCGUUACCAUUUUUCUUAAUAAGAAAUUAAUUAAUAAAUUUUUCUAUGCUACUACAUCAUAAUUUUAAGGAACAGUUAAUUCUUAUUAUAUUGUUGUAAAUUAUAUUAAAGCUAUAUCUUGUAAUUGUUGUUGUAAUAAAUAAUUAAAGCUGUUGUAUAUCCAUAUUAUAAAACAUUAAAAAUCUAAAUAUAUAUUAAACAAAAUAUCAA